AUUUGACAAUGGCCGAUUUGAGUUUCAAUUCGAAACGCGAGCGCAUGCAAAAUUUCAAAAACGAAGAGGUGCGCCUGCUCGUCGACCUGAUCGUACAAAAUUGGAACAUAAUCGAGAACAAAACGUCCGACGCCGUCACGUGGAAACAGAAAAACGAAACCUGGGAGCAGAUUACGACUAAGUUCAACGCGAGACGAAUUUUGGUGACGAGAGAUAAAACUAACCUUAAGGCCAAAUACGAGGCGAUUAAAAAGCUGCUGAAAAAGAAAGUGUGUAGCGACGACGAAGAGGUAAAGAACGAUCUGAAGGACUGGGAAAAGCGGCUUUUGCGAAUGUUAAAUUUAAGCGCGUGCGGAGUAGCUACCACAUUUGAUGGUGAUACACCCCAAACACCACCCGCAACUGCGCCCAAUGACGACUUGAACGAGAACCUGAGUAACUUCAUUGCCAAAUUGGAGGUGGAGAGUGUGAACAUCAGCCCCGAACACAAGCCAGAGAUCGCCGUAGAAAUCCACGAGUUACCAACCGUCCCAAAAAUACACAGCUACGCCGAAAAUGGCACGUGGAAUCAUUGGGCCGUGACGCGAAACAAGAAAAAUUCGCCCUUGCGGAAGAAACGAAUGCAAAAGCCGUACAGCACGGAGAGCAUCAACAAGAAAUAUACGGAUUUGGUCGACGAACGGAACGAGCUCGUGAAGUUGCAGGUUGCGGUGGCCCGAAGGGAGUUGGACAUCCUGAACAACGAGGAGGCUCACAAAGAGGAGAUGAGGAAAUUAGAACGGCAGAGGCUAUUGAAACGAAUUGAGUUUGACGCGGAGGAGCACAAAUUAAGGGUUGAUCUUUUAAAAAAACAAACUAGUAUCUAAGUAGCUUUGUAUUACGUUGAGAAAUAUUCAAUUAGUUGUCUUUGUACUUGUGUACUAUUACCGAGCAGUAUUACAUCAUUUUCGAUUUC